AAAAAAAACCCUACGCACCCUGCUUUUCUCUCCAACGCGAAGUUCUCUGCCAUUUCUCCUUCCUUCCUCUGACUGCCCUCUUCUUGAAACCCCGCCUCCGGCGAGCAGAGCCCAUUAGCGGCGCGGCGUCACAUCUCGAUCUGGUCUCUCUCUCUCUCUCGAGACUUCUCUCCGGCGACUACACGCCCUUAUUUAUCCACGACUUCAGUUCUCUUCAGACCCGAAACCCACACUUCGUAAAAACCAGAUCCGAAGUGGGAAUUCUCUCUAAAUCUGAAUCGGAAUUUCGGUUGGUAUAAGCUUCUUUGAGCUUCUUAAGUCUGUAUCGAUGGGUAGGAAAGCUGGUACUUUAUACAUCAACCCAAAGAAGUUCGGCACUCUUAGCAAACCUUGCAUGAAGGAAAUGAUAUCAUUUCUCAAUUGCAUGGCUCUUAAUCAUAACAAUGACGAGAAGUGCACCAGACAUAAGGAAAUUCUAAAUACUUGCAUGGAUGCUCAGUCCAACCGAAACAGGAAGCCUUGGGGUAGCAUUAAUUACCACUUGCAGAGGCUUAGCAGGGGAAGAAAGUAGUUUGAAUUUUGAACUUAAAGAGCUGUCUGCAGAGAAUUCUUAUUAGAAUCAAUACCCAGGUGCAAAUUUCUUGACGUUAUUUUUAUCAUAUUUAGUGCAUUUCCUGAGAUAAAUUUGGUUGGGGAACUUGUUUGUUGGCUUCUUUCCUGUAGUCAAAUAUUUGAGAGCUCUGCUCUUAGCAUAUCCAGUGAUUAUGGAUCUCAACUAGAACAAUAAAUAUUCUACGGAUUUCCUGAUGUCAAAUGCUAGAGAUCAUAGUUAUUGUAUGGUGUAA